CUUACUAUUUGAGUUUCUUUAUAUCCGCGACAAUAUAAUUGGAAUGGAGUCGUUGAAACUUGUCCGUCCACCAUAGGAAAAAAAAUGGAGCACCGCCGCAAAGACUUUGAGGUAGCGGUGGACAUCGCAACGCUCCAAGACUUCUCAGACCUCCUCCACUCCCAACCCAAGAAGCUCUACGAGGAAUCACGCCGCCGCUGCCAAAUCCAAAAAAUCCCACCACAGAUACGUCGCCGGAAUAAGCGGCGGAGCCAGCAAGUCUACGACCCAGUUCUUGUCUCCAUCGGGCCCUUCCACCACGGCAAACCCGAGCUCCGUCGCGCCGAGGAAUUCAAGCACCAGUGCCUUGACCGCUGCGCCGGCGGCGAUGACAAGAAGAAGGCCUUCUUCUACUCCAAGAUUGUGGAGCAAGCCGCCGCCAUCAGAGACAGCUACGCGGAGGCGAAGAUCGUGGAGAAAUACGACGACAAAUCUCUAGCGCUGAUGAUGCUCUUGGAUGCAAGCAUCAUCAUAGACUUCAUCCACAACUACUUGGGGAUGCAAGGAAACAGCUUCUCGGAGUGGCAACAAUGCCUCGGCGCCGGAUCCGGGCCGUUGAUGGUCCGCGACAUCAUGCUCAUGGAGAAUCAGAUCCCCUUACAGGUCCUGCAACUGCUCAUCCCCUUGCAAUACGAUGAAGAAGAAGCUGCUUCGUUUCUCCCAUGUUUUUUCUCUGCUUUUUUAACCUUCAAGAGGCGUGUAGUAGAUGUAGAAAUCCCUCAAGAAAUUGAAGAUCCUCCCAUUCACUUCCUCGAUGCUUUUCGGAGAGUUAUAGUGAUGAAGAGAAUCAAGAUCAAAGAGGAAGACAGAGUUAUGUCUGUGUAUAGCUCAAAUAGCAAGAGCAUGUUCCUGCAGUCUGCACUGUCGAUGAGAGAAGAGACGGUGGAUGCUGGCAUAUCAUACAUGCAUCGUUCGGUGAUGGAUCUAAAGGCCAAAGGAAUCCGCGUAAGGCCUGAUCCCGAUCUAGCGCUCGCGGACAUAACUUUUGUGCCCGGUCUCUGUUUCAGCGAGCUUCGCCUCCCAGUUCAGUACUUCUCCGACCUAACUCCGAUGGUGAUGGAAAACAUGAUCGCCUUUGAGGUCCUUCCGCACGGAUGCUCUAGUCUGGCGGUGUUGUCGUAUGCCAUCUUCUUGAAGUCGCUGGUGCAGAGCCCACAAGAUGUGAAGGAGUUGCAGGCCAAUGGGGUGAUUCUGAAUAGGCUUGCCAAUUUAGAGAAAGUGGUGCAAGUGAUAAAGGAGAUCGACACGUUCGGGCUGCAUGAUCAAGAUAUAUUCAAGGAUGUGAAGAUGAGGAUUGAAGAGCAUUGCAGGAACAAGGCUCGGACCUGGCUUGCUGACCUCAUCUAUACCCGUUUUCGAACUCCAUGGACUGCUAUUGCUUUGUUUGCUGGAGUGCUCCUUCUUUGCCUCGCUUUUCUGCAGACUCUUUUCACUAUCAAUUAAACACCGCUUUAGUUUUGGACUCCAAAGAUGAGUAUAUAAGGUUCAAAUUAACCAACUUGUGAUGCGUUUUGCAGCAUAAUUGGAGAGAGUAAGUAUCCAAUUAAUACUCUCUUCUCCCU